CGGCACUGCUAUCUCCUUCCCACCAGCCAUGAUCCCUCACCUGCCCCCAGAGCUCAUCCACCUCAUCCUCUCGAAUGUAUAUUAUCUAAACUUUCCGUGGGACACACCGGAUUAUCGCACCCUUGCCUCUUGUUGCCUUGUGAACUCCGAUUGGAGAACAGCUUCCCAACCCUUGCUGUUCUAUCGCAUAUCGCUCACAGUCGUCAGUUCGUUUGGAAGGUUCGUGGGUAGCAAAUUUGGGCGCCAAAUCUGCUGUCCCAUGUUCGCUCUUUGUCGCUCUCUCUCUGUGGCCCUCGGCAUUCGAAGGACCCCGGACUGGUAACAGUGCCAAGUAUGGUGGAGAUGAUGAGCUCAUGCACUCAGCUCUACGAGUUGAUAUUGUACUCGAGCCGCCUCUUUUCGCUUGGCCCUCAUGAUCUCGAACAGAUCGAAUCUCUUGUCACGUCGUCCUCGUGGAAGAUUCGCUCGCUCCGCUUGAUGGAAUGCAGCUCACAAUCUCCUAUCUUGUACGAACUAUUAUCGGUCUUUCCAGACGUCCAAUUCUUAGUGCUGGGAAUCGAGCUUUCUGCUGCUCCACCGCUGUGGACUCCGGCUGUUGAGCUGUACGAAUUGAAGCUCCACAGGACCCUGCCUUCGGAGGUUCUAGUUUGGCUAUUGUCGUCGUCCCGACAGUCCUUGCGGAUUCUCGAGCUGCGAGAUCUUCCAAGUGCAUCCACCGCACUUGACCUCGUGCCAUGCUUUCCAAAUCUACAGUCUCUUCGACUGAUGCGGUUCAACUCACACUCUGCUGCCAUUUUGCUGCAGUGCGCGAAUCUCGUGGAGCUGGUCCUGCUUAAUGUGCCCACCAUCUUCCCAUUACCCCCGCUGCCUGCAUCAUUACAACAUCUAUACCUCCCUAUCCAGACAUAUAGUACUGGUAUCGACAUCGAGUCGGUUCUCCGCGCUGUCAACUCCGACAACCUUCCCAAUCUGCGGAUCCUCAGUUUCACUGGAGCCUCCGAUCAGGCCUCUCCUCUUCAGGCUGCCUGCUUGUCUAAGAACAUCAAUUUUCGGGCCUCCCCAUCUAAAUCUUGGACGAAUGAUGACCCCGUGAAGACGCUGCAUUUCCCUAGGAGGAAAUCAAUUUCCAAUUUCCUUCUCAUGAGAUAG